AAGGGGUUCGUGUGCGCGCCGCCCCAGAGUGCCGCGAGUGCCCGAGUGCCGCGCCGAGCGCGAGUGCGGCGAGUGCGCGCGCGACGCGAGUAUCCCCGGUGACCUGGCUGCGGCGGGGCGUUUUUGCUGCGGAGCGGCCACGGCGAGCCCGUCCCCAGGCGCCGCCUGCGAGGCCUGUGCCAUGAGAUGAUGGGCACGGAGCAGUUCAGCCUCAAGUGGAACAACCACACUCACCAUCUGGUGGACGUGUUUAAAAAUCUACUGCGAUCAGAAUCUCUGGUGGACGUGACCCUCUCGUGCGAGGGUCAGAGUCUGAAGGCGCACAAGCUUGUGCUGUCUGCCUGCUCGCCCUACUUUGAAACACUCUUUCAAGACCACACAGAGACCCACCCUAUUGUGAUACUGAAGGAUGUCAAGUUCACCGAACUCAGGAGCAUCAUCGAGUUCAUGUACAAGGGCGAGGUCGAGGUCGAGAAGAAUGAUCUGGACUCGCUCUUCUCGACCGCCGAGGGCCUGAUGAUCAGAGGGCUGACCGGGUCACGACCCGCCAUGGGCGGCAUCACGCCGCGCCAGCCGGCGCCCCCGGACGACCCCGUCCACCGAAAACGCCCAAAACCAGAGCCGUUCGAGGCGGGGGGCGCUGAGGGCGGCGGCGAGCGGGCGCCGCCCCCUGCUGACGGCGCCCCCACCGCCCAGGCGCCCUUCAGCAACGGCGACGACAGUUCUGUGAUAAAGCGGCCCAAGCUGGAGCCUGAGUCGGGCGAGGAGAACUCCACAGACGGCAUCGAGUCGGGCGGAGUGGGCGCCACCACCUACCUGUGUCCCGAGUGCGGCCUCAGCUUCCAGUCGCAGCACCAGCUGCAGACGCAUCACGGCGCGGAGCACGCGCCGCCCGGCCAGGCGCCGCUGGAGCCGAGCGGCGGCGAGCGUGCCACGGUGGUGCGCGCGCCGGCGCGCGCCCGGCCCGAGGAGGCGGCGCUGACGCCGGCCGUGCACUCGCACAGCUGGCCGCCGCACGACGGCCGCGAGAGGGCGCUCUGGGUGGAGCGGCCGGGCGAGCCAGCGCUGCGCCUGCCCUACCUACCGAGCGGGCUGCGCUCCGAGCUGCGCUUCCUGCCGCCGCUGGUGGGCAUGCCCGAGCUCGGGCCCGGCCGAGGCAUGCUCGGCAUGAUGCCGUUGCUCGGCAGCCGCCACCUGCCCGCCGCCAGCGAGUUCGACGGCCGCGCCCCGCUCAACCUGUCGGCGACGGAGGGCGCCGGCGUCGGCUCGCCGACGGCCAGCCCCUCCGGCGACCGCUCGGCGCCGUCGACGCCGACGCCGGCCGACGACAGCGCGCCCGUCACGUGCAAGGUGUGCACGCGCGUAUUCGAGUCGCCAGCGUUGCUACGCGACCACGCCGCGGCGCACCAGGGCGACCGGCCGUUCCGCUGCGAGUGGUGCUCGAAAGCCUUCAAGUUCCGUCACCACCUCAAGGACCACAGCCGCAUCCACACCGGGGAACGGCCCUUCGAGUGUCCCAUCUGCAAGAAGACGUUCGCGCGCUCGUCCAUCCUGAAGACGCACACCAAGAUCCACAAGCAGGAGGAGCGGCGCUUCGAGAUGACGCCAUUCCUGGGAGCCAGCGCGCCCAGCCUGGUGGAGAUGGCUCUGCCGGCCAGCGAGGACAGUUCAACGGGACAAUAGGUGGCGCUCGGGGCGCUCGGGGCGCCAGUGCCUGGAGGUGCGCAGCCCGUGCGCCCCGCGCCCCGCCGCCGCGGCGAGCAACCAACGAAUGUGAUAUGCGAGGGUGCGGCACUGCCCUCUGUCGGCCCUAGCUGAAGUUUUGGAAGGUGCCGCUAGGUGACGCGCGUGCAGCUGCUUCCACGAUGAAAAGAGCGCAAGCCUUUAGUCUUUCUUGUUUUGUUUUCAUAGCGUAAACGUGAUAGAAUGACGCGUGUUUGGCGUAGGAAAGGAAUCAGGGUAUGGCGGGGUAAGUGGUGUCCACCGAUGGUUGGCAAGGUUGACAGUAGGCGUCCCGCCGGUCGGUGGUGGCGCUAGCAUUAACUAUCACGUGCUGAGAAGCCGCUGGAGGUCCAGGUACUCGUCCCAUGAUUUUAUGGAAGCAUUACGUAUUUCCCUUGCAGACCCACUUUGCAAGAUCUUCGCAAGCAUGUUUUUGGCGCGUGUGUGUUAACUGCCUCCAUGGGUGUAGCCGCGUCAGUUAGAUUGGGGAGGAGAACAGUUUAGGAUUUAGGUUGUCAUACUGGCAUCUGAGGGGGCUUCCCGACCAUGAAAUGACAUUUGCAGUUUGAAAACGUCGAGGGCGUUCAUCCAACAAACAGAGAUGGGAGGAUAAAAAUUCCAUCGUGUCGAAGAAGAAAAUGGGAAGGGGGGGGGGGGACACGAGCCACAGCCGUUAUCGCGGUUACACCCAUGCUUGUUUUGAUCGAAAAUCACACACGCUGUCAGACGUUUCCUUGAGGUCCAGGCUUCCUAUGCUUUGCUCCUUUUCUAAUGACGCUCGCCCCGUUCGCGUGUUGCGGGUGCGAAGAUGGCGCCACCCCCGGCUGGCGGCGGCCGGCGGCGGUUCUUCCCAGCGUGUUUCACUGUCCUGUCUCAGGGUCGCUCGACGUGGCUGUACUGUGGGCCGUGAGGCGCCGUUGCGCGGGCUCAGAUGGGGUCGAUGGAGAGCUCUUGACGUCUGCUGACCUGCCCCAGCCCCACCCCCUCGCAGCUCGCACCCCCGCCGCUGGCUCUUUUGUCAGUGGUGGUUGGUGAGGCACUGGUAAAUUGUUAAAGUACAUUGCUUUGAGGGGAAAUUUUAGUUUGCGGAUGUUGGCUGGCACUGUCUUGUCAGAGGACCCAUAUGUUAACAGAGUGCUUCGCUUUCGCAACGUAAGUAGUUACAUCAUAUAUCAGUUUAUCAGGCUCAUUCCAUAUAAUUGAGAAAACCUUUUGCAUUAUUUCGUAGCCAAUAGGAAGAUUACUGCUUCCCGAUGAUCCGAUAUUUUACUUUUGCCCAGGAACUUCAGUUUGCUAAGUACAAAUCCACCCACACCCCCGUCCCCAAUCACAAAACCUAUUUGUACAAAAGCCGGGGCUGGGGCUGGCAGCGACUGUGGGCGUUUGACCUGUCAGCUGCUGCGACUGGUGUUUGGCGGGCGGAGGGCGGUUGGCUGUGAAGUGUUCUUUUUCUGCCUGUGUUGUCCGUAACUCUGCAAAGGCGGCGUUAGGUGGUUCGGUCUGCUUGGUGUCCCUCUGUCGGUGUUUCUGCGCGGUCGCCUUCCCUGUCCAAAAUUACACGCUCCAAAGCGGGGAUCCGGCGCUCACAGCGCCAGCUGCGGGUGCGAUUUGGCACUUGCAGUUUUGAAAUGACCGGCAGGUUGCUCUGGGUGUGAGUCCAGCGGUCGCCGGCGUGGGAGCAGGGCAUGAUUUGAAGCGCUAUGAAUCAGUUUCAUCUUUCCUUGGAAGCCCUUCACAUGAAAGCUGAUCCUGGGUCGUACUGCGACGUUUCGGACUUUCUUAUGGAAUGUGACUGCAUGGGUAGGACUGGGUCGGCAUUCCUUUAGGCUGGGAGCGGCAAUGCCGCUGCAGCGGGCCUUUCUCCGAACAGCUGCUCACCUGGGAGAGGAAGGACGGCAGGCCGGUGUCCGGCGGAAGGCCAAAUCAGUUAUUAUGGGCUGAAUAUGUGAAGCAAUAAGAGCGUCACACACGCCAGGGGAGAAAAUCCAGGGAUGCUAGUUUUGCACUGGCGACUCCUGGAUGGGACACCCCUUCUGAUUGUGUUGAGCCUCUUCAGCGGGCGACCGAGCCCCUCCAAACACGCUAAAAGUGGUUUUCAUGCAAGCACUUAUGGUCAUGGACAGCCGUGUCUGAUCCCUCACGAAAUUUUUAUGAAACUGCGCCCAUGCAUGUUAAUUUUAAAUUUAACUUCGGUCAGCUGAGUAGAACUUUGUAAGUUGUCAAGUACGCGGUGCUUGACAACAGCUUUUUGUGGUUUUUAAGUGUUGCAUGUACCCAUGGAACUGGAUUUUAAAACGUUACAGCUCCUUUUCCAUCGCUUUUAAACGUACCCCUAGGCAUUUUGUGCAGCGUGCCAUUUCCAAUACCCCAUUUGGAAAUUUUUUUCGCGCUACGUUAUGCUAGAAAUUAAACUGCAUCGCAAUCCGCUUCGGCGGGGGGGGGGGGCAGUUGAAUGGGAUUAAACGGGGCUCCAACACUGCGUCAUGACGCAGUUCAAAAGACCUUUUCCAUUGCUUAGCAACACCUGUCACUCAAAACUUUGCCGUACGUUUUAGACGUUCAGUGCGCGGCCAGCAUGCUUGUUUUCCUUCAGCCUCGUUUUUAACGUUGCAGAAUUCACGCGCAGUCUGAAGCGUCUAAAUUCGCUCCUGACUUACCACCCUGGUAUCAAAACCUGCAUCAUCCCGUCGCAUGGCCCAAGGCGUCCCGCCUUCCACCGUUACGCCGGCCAGCCGUACAGAUACGGACCCCUGAUCCUCUGUUAACGGAACGCCUGGACUCGGUCUAGUCUGAGUCUGAACUUAGUCUGAGUCUGAGCUCAGUUUAAGCCUCGACCUGAGCUCGGUCUGAAUCUGGGUCUGAAGUCGGUCCGAGCUCGGUUAGAGUCUAAGUCUGAGCUCGGCCUGAGUCUGGGUCUGAGUCCGGUCUGAGUCUGAGUCUGAGCUCAGUCUGAGUCUCGGUCUUAGUGGCGUACACAGCGAGCGUCGUGUUCGAUCGAACGUGCUGCAGGCUGCGCUAGUACAAGUCAGAUAACUGACUUAUCCGCUCCACACAGGAUAGGGUCUCCAUUUUUCCCACCAGCAACCUGUCUGUAGACGCCAGACUCGCAGUCGCGGCACGCAGCGAGCGUUCUGGCUUUUUUUCCCUCUCUUUCGUCGCGUGACUAUCCUCUCGUUGAUUUCCAUGCUUCAAUUGCGUUGGCGUUCGGGAGACUCAUCCCCAAGUGCGAUCGCGCUGCCGCUGGAAGGCGCGUCCUGGCUCCCGGUUUUGAAGGUCGCACGAUGUCACCGGUGCGCAGCGAAGGCGACCCCCCGGUGCGCCGGCGGGGUCGGGCUGGGGGCGGCACGGAUCGGACGACACGCAAGCGUCGUCCGGCCGGCCGGCCCCGGUGUGGUGUGAUUAUUGGCACUCUGCCAGAUCAGGGAAGACUUGUGAUAGCAUUGGAACGAUGGUGGCGGCGGCUGCCGGGGAAGGUUCGCGAACGGUCUGGGCCCCUGCGGAGCCUAGGAGCGGUGCCAGCGAGGUGGGUGGGGUGGGGCGCGUGGAAGCCGUCCUGUGUGACGGCGAGAUAUCUGUGAUAUUUUCUGCAUCGGCCAGGUGGCGACGGUGCUGCGGCGUCGCGGUGAGCGGCGGCAGCUGUAGUUGUAAAUGGCACCACCAGGGGCCGGUGUGUUGUGUUUCGCCCGCCGCGCGGAACUGCCGUUCAGAGGCGCGAAAGGAGGUAGGAUAAGGCCAUCAUCGGAUGCACUACGCUAACGACGGAUGGCCCGCAGGAGGCGAAGCUGGUCCCCCGGAGUGCACGUCGCCCCCCGGGGCCCCGCCCGUCGUGGCGUGACGUGACACCGCCGACGCCCCUGAUUGGCCGGUUCUCGUGUGGCGCCAACAGCUUGGUGCUUGCCGAUUCAUCGAAACCCGCCGACCGGAGGCCGACGCAGUUCCCGCUGGGCCCGUCAGAGGGCAGCAGCGCCGCGUCUGCCACCGGUCGCCGGCGCUUCCCCUCUAGUUUAAGCCAUAGUGAUUAACUCCAUGCAGUGGCACGCGUGCCUGCGGUGUACAAUAGUGUUCUAGUGCGCUGAGGUGUUCGGCCGUCGCGCCGGACAGCACCGCUGGUCUCACCACCCGGUCCCUUCCCGUCCCCGGCCCCGCCUCUCGGCUCUGGCCGAAGCCAGACGCUUCGCUAUAGCGCGGUGCAGCCUCAGGCCUCGUCCGAAAGUCCGCCUCCGUUUCACCGUCCGCGCGCUGGCCCAGCCCGCCGCCUGGUGGCGAGGCCCCGAACCACUGCCCGGAUGUGGGAACUGUUCGUGGGCUCCUGUCUCGGUUUCGGUGACGAUUUUGGUGCGUGGCGUUAAAUCGACAUCGAUUUCCGCGUGCGUCGACGGCGGCGACGCCAACCCCGCCUUGGUUCCGUGUGUUGAGGAUGACCGCCGGCCCCGUCGCUUGUGUGGUUCGUGCUGUUUACGGCGAACAGAAGGCCACCGACGCCUGUUUUGACUCUUUUCGCUGCACCCGGUCUGGUCUGUUACCCCCGCUUCUGCCCGCUUCUGGUCGGUUACCCCUGUCUUGCCCCGCAGUGUUUCAUCCGUGUGUCCAACGUGCCGCGCCCGCCGACUGCCGCCGGACGCGCUGUUUAAAAUGCGGGCUGUAGAUGUCGCGGCGAUCGUGCCGGUAGGUGGCAGCGGGGGCGCGGGGCACUCAAUUCUUAAUCAGCUGGUGGAUCCGCUUUCGUUACCCAAUAGCAGCAGAGUAAUGGCUUGAAAUAAACAGGUCCCUCGGAGA